GCCCGCCGGGAUCUUUCGAGAAGUCCCCCCCGCCCCGCGGAGGCAGCGCCCGCCGCGCCGCGCUUUUAAACGGCCCCAGCGCCGCUCCUCAGGCGUCUCAGCUCGCCAGCCGCUCGCAGCCAUGUCGGUAGUGGGCAUCGACUUGGGGUUCCAGAGCUGUUAUGUGGCCGUGGCCCGUGCCGGCGGCAUCGAGACCAUCGCGAACGAGUACAGCGACCGCAGCACGCCAUCAUGUAUAGCCUUUGGACCCAAGAACCGCUCCAUUGGUGCUGCAGCUAAAAGCCAGGUUAUUUCAAAUGCAAAGAAUACAGUACAAAGUUUUAAAAGAUUUCAUGGUCGUGCAUUCUCAGAUCCCUUUGUUCAAGCUGAAAAAGCAAGCCUUGCCUAUGAACUUGUCCAGCUGCCAACAGGCUCAACUGGCAUCAAGGCCAUGUAUAUGGAAGAAGAAAGAAACUUUACUAUUGAACAGGUGACAGGAAUGCUCCUUACCAAGUUAAAAGAGACUGCUGAGAAUGCUCUUAAGAAGCCUGUAGUUGACUGUGUUGUUUCUGUUCCUUCUUUCUACACAGAUGCAGAAAGGAGAUCUGUGAUGGAUGCUACACAGAUUGCUGGUCUCAACUGUCUGAGACUAAUAAAUGAAACAACUGCAGUUGCCCUUGCCUAUGGAAUCUAUAAACAAGACCUGCCUUCCUUGGAGGAGAAGCCACGGAAUGUUGUUUUUGUAGAUAUGGGGCAUUCUGCAUAUCAAGUUUCUGUUUGUGCAUUCAACAAAGGCAAACUGAAAGUUCUUGCUACAGCCUUUGAUACCACACUUGGAGGCAGGAAGUUUGAUGAGGUGUUAGUUGAGUACUUCUGUGAAGAAUUUGGGAAGAAAUACAAACUAGACAUCAAGUCCAAGAUCCGUGCCUUGUUGAGGCUAUACCAGGAGUGUGAGAAACUGAAGAAACUGAUGAGUGCUAAUGCCUCUGAUCUCCCCAUGAACAUAGAGUGCUUCAUGAAUGACAUUGAUGUCUCUGGCACCAUGAACAGGAGCAAGUUCCUGGAGAUGUGUGAAGGGCUCCUUGCAAGAGUGGAACCACCCCUUCGCAGUGUGCUGGAGCAAGCCAAGUUAAAGAAGGAGGAUAUUUAUGCAGUGGAGAUCGUUGGUGGCACCACAAGAAUCCCUGCUGUGAAAGAGAAGAUCAGUAAAUUUUUUGGCAAGGAAGUCAGUACAACUUUGAAUGCAGAUGAGGCUGUUGCACGAGGUUGUGCACUGCAGUGUGCUAUUUUAUCCCCGGCUUUCAAAGUGAGAGAAUUUUCCAUCACAGAUUUGAUCCCCUAUCCCAUUUCUUUACGGUGGAACUCACCAGCAGAGGAAGGGUCAAGUGACUGUGAGGUCUUCUUCAAGAACCAUGCUGCUCCAUUUUCCAAGGUCCUCACGUUCUACAGGAAGGAACCAUUUACUCUUGAGGCAUACUACAGCUCUCCCAAGGAGCUCCCUUACCCAGAUCCUGCUAUAGCUCACUUCUUGGUUCAGAAGGUCACUCCUCAAACAGAUGGCUCCAGUUCAAAAGUGAAGGUCAAAGUUAGAGUGAAUAUCCAUGGUAUCUUCAGUGUUUCGAGUGCAUCUUUAGUGGAGGUUCAUAAAUCAGAUGAGAAUGAAGAGCCUAUGGAGACAGAUCAGCAUGCAAAAGAGGAAGAGAAGAUGCAAGUAGACCAGGAAGAGCAACAGAAGGCUGAAGAACAACAGCAGGCCCAACCUGAAAACAAGGCAGAGUCUGAAGAGAUGGAGACUUCUCAGGCUGACUUGAAAGACAAAAAAGUGGAUCAACCACCUCAAGCCAAGAAAGCUAAAGUGAAGACUACUACUGUUGACCUUCCCAUUGAGAACCAGCUGGUGUGGCAGAUUGGGAAAGAUAUGCUGAACUUAUUCAUUGAGAAUGAGGGUAAGAUGAUAAUGCAGGAUAAACUAGAGAAGGAGAGGAAUGAUGCCAAGAAUGCAGUGGAAGAGUAUGUGUAUGAGAUGAGAGACAAACUCUGCGGGGUUUAUGAGAAGUUUGUUAGUGAAGAUGAUCGGAAUAGUUUCACACUGAAGCUGGAGGAUACAGAAAAUUGGCUUUAUGAAGAUGGGGAAGAUCAACCCAAACAAAUCUAUAUUGAUAAAUUGACAGAAUUGAAGACUCUGGGUCAGCCUAUUCAAGCAAGAUUUCAAGAAUCAGAGGAAAGACCAAAAGCAUUUGAGGACUUAGGGAAGCAAAUUCAACAUUACAUGAAAAUCGUUCAUGCAUUCAAAGCAAAGGAUGAACAGUAUGACCAUCUAGAUGAAGCUGAUGUAGGAAAAGUGGAGAAGAGUGCAAACGAAGCCAUGGAGUGGAUGAACAAUAAACUUAAUCUUCAGAACAAGAGAAGUCUUUGCUUGGACCCAGUUAUAAAAGCAAAAGAGAUACAAGCUAAAACUAAAGAACUGACAAGCAUUUGUAAUCCCAUAGUCACCAAACCAAAACCUAAAGUUGAACUCCCCAAGGAGGAGCAGAAACCAACUGAACCCAAUGGACCAGUAGAAGGGCAAGGGGAUGCCAGUAGUGGGUCCCCAACUGCUGAGCCAAGCGCUGCUGCCACUGCCCCCACAGCCUCUGAGAAGAAGCUUCCAGAAAUGGACAUUGACUGAACUGCAGCACUUGUUUAUAUUAUUGCAAACUACAAUAAAGCUUUAAGUUGUCAACUUUGUACCUUCUGAAUCCAGACUGAAGCAAGUGAGGGAGGCCUGCUCAGUGCACAGGGGCUGCAGUAGCUCACUACUCCUCUAAGCAGUAUGAUUGUGUAGAAGUGUUGGUGUCUUGGCUAGACCUCCAGGCACACAGCACUAAGCUGAGUCUCCAUUUUUUUUUUUAACAUUCAAGCAAGUCCAUCUGAUGUUGAUGCAGAGAAGCAUCACCCCCUGGGCCUUGUCUUGGCAUUGCUGCUGUUGUCUUCCCCUGAGGAUUGCAGCAGCCUUGAAAUGCCCCUUACUACAGGACUGCAAGAAGAUCAUGGAGGGGAGGGGGAUGCCUAGUCCUUGUUUCAGUGUUAACCAAUUACUCUAGGCUUACUCUGAUGUGCUGUUCAUAGCUACACCAGGCUUGCAGAGCUUCAGUAUGGUUCUUCCCUCACCUCAUGGAUGACUCAGAUUCAUUUAUCUAAAAUCAAUACUAAAAGUUGCAGCUGUACACUCCUGGAUCUGCUCUUAGGUACCACAGUUUAUCCCUGGCUCAUCAGAUCAUGUACAUUUUUUGCCCCUAGUUUAAAUUAGCUGCUUGUAGAAGAAGAGUGAACACUUUUGUAUUUCAGCUGCCUACAGCAGCAGUUACUUCUGACUUGUUUCUGACUUUCCAAAGGGGGUUUGCUUGCUUCCGUGAGGCCUUCAUAUGGAAUGCUUGGGUGUUUUGUUUUCCCAGGAAUAAGAAAAAAGAUCUGACUGAUUUGGCUUUUGGGUUUUGUGUUUUGUUUUGGUUUUUUUUUUUUUUCUAUAAGCUUUCUACAAUGAUUUGCUUUAACACUGAUUGUCAUUGAACUUGCAACCAUGAAUUUGUCUGUUAAAAUCCAAAGCUGAACCCACCCAUUCAGAUAUUGCAAGAAAUAAAUGCACUGGAUUUUACUGGA